GGUUUGUAUGGGCUGCAGCCUGCCGCUGAGCUGCAUCAUGGUGCGGUCUGUGGCCUGGGCAGGUUUCAUGGUCCUGCUGAUGAUCCCAUGGGGCUCUGCUGCAAAACUGGUCUGCUACUUCACCAACUGGGCCCAGUACAGACAGGGAGAGGCUCGCUUCCUGCCCAAGGACGUGGACCCCAGCCUUUGCACCCACCUCAUCUACGCCUUCGCUGGCAUGACCAACCACCAGCUGAGCACCAUUGAGUGGAAUGACGAGACUCUCUACCAGGAGUUCAAUGGCCUGAAGAAGAUGAAUCCCAAGCUGAAGACCCUGUUAGCCAUCGGAGGCUGGAAUUUCGGCACUCAGAAGUUCACAGAUAUGGUAGCCACGGCCAACAACCGUCAGACCUUUGUCAACUCGGCCAUCAGGUUUCUGCGCAAAUACAGCUUUGACGGGCUUGACCUUGACUGGGAGUACCCAGGAAGCCGGGGGAGCCCUGCCGUAGACAAGGAGCGCUUCAUAGCCCUGGUACAGGACUUGGCCAAUGCCUUCCAGCAGGAAGCCCAGACCUCAGGGAAGGAACGCCUUCUUCUGAGUGCAGCGGUUCCAGCUGGGCAGACCUAUGUGGAUGCUGGAUACGAGGUGGACAAAAUCGCCCAGAACCUGGAUUUUGUCAACCUUAUGGCCUACGACUUCCAUGGCUCUUGGGAGAAGGUCACGGGACAUAACAGCCCCCUCUACAAGAGGCAAGAGGAGAGUGGUGCAGCAGCCAGCCUCAACGUGGAUGCUGCUGUGCAACAGUGGCUGCAGAAGGGGACCCCUGCCAGCAAGCUGAUCCUUGGCAUGCCUACCUACGGACGCUCCUUCACCCUGGCCUCCUCAUCAGACACCAGAGUGGGGGCCCCAGCCACAGGGUCUGGCACUCCCGGCCCCUUCACCAAGGAAGGAGGGAUGCUGGCCUACUAUGAGGUCUGCUCCUGGAAGGGGGCCACCAAACAGAGAAUCCAGGACCAGAAGGUGCCCUACAUCUUCCGGGACAACCAGUGGGUGGGCUUUGAUGAUGUGGAGAGCUUCAAAACCAAGGUCAGCUAUCUGAAGCAGAAGGGACUGGGCGGGGCCAUGGUCUGGGCACUGGACUUAGAUGACUUUGCCGGCUUCUCCUGCAACCAGGGCCGAUACCCCCUCAUCCAGACACUGCGGCAGGAACUGAGUCUUCCAUACGUGCCUUCAGGCACCCCAGAGCUUGAAGUUCCAAAACCAGGUCAGCCCUCUGAACCUGAGCAUGGUCCCAGCCCUGGACAAGACACGUUCUGCCAGGGCAAAGCUGAUGGGCUCUAUCCCAAUCCUCGGGAACGGUCCAGCUUCUACAGCUGUGCAGGGGGGCGGCUGUUCCAGCAAAGCUGCCCGACAGGCCUGGUGUUCAGCAGCUCCUGCAAAUGCUGCACCUGGAAUUGAGUCGCUAAAGCCCCUCCAGUCCCAGCUUUGAGGCUGGGCCCAGGAUCACUCUACAGCCUGCCUCCUGGGUUUUCCCUGGGGGGCUGCGAUCUGGCUCCUGCAGGCCUUUCUGUGGUCUUCCUUUAUCCAGGCUUUCUGCUCUCAGCCUUGCCUUCCUUUUUUCUGGGUCUCCUGGGCUGCCCCUUUCACUUGCAAAAUAAAUCUUUGGUUUGUGCCCCUCUUCCCAAAGAUGUGGUGACUUAAGAGGCUCUCUAAGCACACUGUUGACUCCAAAACAUCCACAGGUCAGAGCCAGUUGGGAAGGUGGUCCCUGCAGGAUGUGCCAGGCCCUGUGGCAGGUCUUGCCUCAUGAGUCCAUAUGCCAGUGGGCAGUUUCCAGUACACAGGUGAUGGCAGCCAGAGCGCGGCCCCAAGUGCAACACGUUCUUUGGUUAUUGGCUCAGAAGCCUGGAAACAGGAGCUUCUGCGGACCUUCACGCACGUGUUAUUCCCAAAUGCCACUAGAUGGCAGCAGAGAAGAACUUUUCCCUGAUUUAAGCGCUCUGCGAGCAGCCACUCAGCAUUACACUAAGAAUUCAGACCCCUGGUACUCAGGGGUCUUCGAGAUAAAUCCUGUUCGGGCCCUUUGCAGGCCAUAUCUCACCUACUGCCCCCGUUCACCAGAUGAAGAAGGAACAAUGAUUAUUCUCACUUUGUAGGCAUUUAAACUGAAGACUGCUUCUAACCAAUUCUGAGUCCAGAACCAAGGCCUGAAAUGGGCCAGAGAGCAUGCACACGGUGUCCUGGUUAAAUAAAGUCAUCCCAACA